AUGGCUUCCGCAGGUUCAGUUGGCCUCGCUCUCAUGGCGGCCGUCCUCGCCAUGCUGGUUCUACCUUCAUCCGGCCACUGUCUGUCCCCGUCCCCGGGGCCGGCACAGGCGCCACCAGUGCCCGCACCGUCACCACCAUCAGCGCCGGCGCCGGCUCCGGCGCCAUGGGACCCACCAUGCUCUGAGUCCCGGCGCCACCACUGCUACUCGGUUACGUAUCCGGCGUGCUAUUCGGCGUGCAGAGCCUCCAGCAAAUGCACCGAAUGUGAACAGUAUGUUGCUCUCUGCGGCAAGUGCAAGGCCGCCGAGAAAGACAAGUGCACGGCCAACUGCCCCAGCGGCGGCUGUGACUGCGACGGCGCCGCCCAGAGUGCAUGCGGCAACGACUGUGACGCCCAAGCUUGCAACCGGUGCGCGUAUGGGAAAGACAAGCAAUGCCACAUGGGAUGCUGGGGCGAGUGCAGCAAGUGCUAA